AUGUGGAAACACGAGAAAAGAUUGGGUACAAGUGUGAAGAGUAACGUGUCAACAGAAAAUGGGUUUCAAGUCGAAAGAAAAUCAUUUUUUAAAAAAUACGUGUCAAUACUCGUCGGAAGUGGAGUUUUGGGUUUUUUCAUUGUUCGAAGAGUUCAUCCCGAUUACCGGAAACCCGGAAUAGAAGCUUCAAAUUUGGAGGUAAAGGAAAAAGGGUAG